UUUCAGUACCAAAAGCGGUAACCCUAAGCUACACUUGGGCUUACCAUGCGGCGCUGCUCAGGGAUUCCCUGCAGCGCUUACCUUGUCCUUCACUCCCGCGAUGCGUCCCCUGCAGCGUCCCCGGCCAUCUCCUCCGGCCGAUGCCGGCAUCCGGCCCCUGUGAGCGUCGGGAUGUACGGGGGCCGGAACGGCGGCAAAUUUAGAAAUUUUUUAAAACUGUCUUUUUCUUAGAAAUUAAUUUGACAUAUGCUUUGUCCUGUGCCCUGCCUGCAUUUUGACUGUUCUUUCUG